UUUCACUUGGAAAAUCCUCAACAGAUGGUCAACUGUUUAAUCUAAAAAUAAAAACAAAAACAAACAAAAGGUCACUUUGUUUUUAACUUGAGUGUUGUUUGCUUCAACCUCAUUGACCUUGGGGACUUAGUGACAUUACAACAAGGCUCAGGAGGAUAUGGAAACCUCUGAAUAAUGUCACCAAGACAUAACAUAAGUGACAGAUCAAGAGAUAGAAAGAGGGAUUAGAGUUUGAUAUCGUUGAUGUACAGACUUUAACUGUAAGGAGCUCAGAAAAGUCUUUUUGGAUCUACUGCUGCAUGCAAGGCCUUCAUUUUCUUAUACAAAUUAUAAACUAAAUUACAUUUAAUCAAAAGGACUUUUGUUAAAAAAAACAAACAAACAAACAAACAAACAAACAAAAAACCUAUUGACGAUUGUGAAAUGAACACUUCAGCUUUAAUCAACCGACAAGAAUUUUUUGAGGAAACCUUUUUCAAAAACUUCAUUGUGGUCUUAUUUGGUAUCAUUAUCAGUUGUAUCAAUAGCCUGCUGGUUUAUACUUUCUUCAAGAAUCCGGUCUUCACUCAGGAGCCCCGCUACAUCCUCUACAUGCAGCUGAUCAUCAAUGACAUCAUUACAUUGUCUGUCUGUGUGAUUUUGUUUGUGUUAUUUUACUUAAUGCCAAACAUGAAUGUUGCUAUAUGCUGCAUUUUCAUCUUAAUUGCAAGCAAUGUCUACAAGAACACACCACUAAACCUGGCCGGCAUGGCUGUUGAGCGCUUCGUGGCCAUCUGCCACCCUCUACAUCAUGCACGAAUAUGCACCGUCCAAAACACUAAAAUCCUGAUCGGCAUCAUCUGGCUGGUGGGAGCUGUGCCUGGUGUGAUGGACCUGCUUGUGGUCUUGGCUCUUCAUCCACUUUCCUUCUUUACCACUAGCCGGACAUGCUACCACCAAAAUGUGUUUGAUUUAGAAUACAAUAUAAUAAGUCAUGCUGUCUUUAACAUUGGCUACAUGUGCUUAGUGUGGGUGCUGCUCUUUUACACUUAUUUCAAAGUGUUGUUCUCUGCUAAAGCUGCUGCUUCAGAACCAGCUCAAGCACAGAAAGCCAGGAGAACCAUUUUACUGCAUGGGGUCCAGUUACUGCUCUGUACACUGUCCCUGUUCACAACUGUUCUGGAUGAGGCCUUAACAUCUCUCUUUCCUUACUACCAGUCUGUAAUUUACUUUUGCACCUUUCUUCUUACCAGCAUUUUGCCACGUCUGCUGAGCCCACUUAUAUACGGCAUGAGAGAUCAAAAGUUUAAAAAGUACAUGAAGAGUUCACUAAUGUGUGGCUACGACAAGAGAGCCAUUAAACCUUCUGAUUAGCAAAACGAUCAUGUUCUGUCUGGCUCCUAACAAUGCUGAGAAGCUCAGUUUAACUGACACAUUCAAAAAUAUGUCAUGUUCAACUCCCCUUUUUCAAAUUCUCUUUUGUAUUUUAUCAUAGACAUGGACUAUAUUUUAAAGUGAACUAUGUAUAAUUAUAAAGAAUCUAUAUCUCUAUAUUCUAUACAAUUACAUAUAUAGAAUUAUAAAGUUCAAACAGUGUUACUUCAUAUAAAAUUUACAAAUCAUCAAAAAAAAAAAAUAUGUUAAAAUGUAAGAUGGUUCUCAAAAUAUUUAUUUACAUGUGUAAACAGUGGCAACUCCAAUACAUUUUUAAUAGUUUGGCCAGAAGAACAGAGUAAAAAACUUAAAGGAGGCACAUUAAAACAUCUACUGGGAAAAAAGC